GAGCGAGGGGGGGGAAGGGCUUUUCUGAGGAUCGGGAGAGUGAGGCGGAGGGAGAGGCGCCGGGAGCCUCGCAGCAUCCCGUGCCCCGGCCCCGCGGCGCUGCUGCCGCCGGCCCCGCGGAGAGGGCUGCGGAGCAAGGUAAGGGCUGGCACCGCGCUCCGGGACCCUGGCCUGCCACUCGGGGGCUGUUUUUCCCGGCCGUGCGAGCGCUCGCUGGCGAGGGCAGAGCGGCCGCUGCCCCGCCGUGCCCCGCCGCCGCCCAGCCGCGAAGUUACUUUGUUCGCAGAGUUGCCGCGGAGGCUGGGCUGGGACCCCCGGGCGCCCCGGCCGCUUGUCCCUCGCAUCCCCCACGUCGUGCUCAGCGUCACCAGCCAACACCGCGAAGGAAAAGCCGUGCGCGCCUUCCCCGAUAGUUUCCCCUCGCACAGCCGAGGGAAGGGGUGAUGGAAGAGGAAGAACUUCCCUUUGUCGUAGGAGAGGAUUGAGUGACCUCCGAAGUUUUGUUCCGGGAGGAAACCGCUUGAAGAAGUUUGUUUAUGGCCUGAUGUGAAGCCUUCCGAAGGCUGAAGCAGUGUCCAUUGCACACAGUCAACUUUGGGGCCCAUUUGAACACAUGCUGGAGGAAGCAGCAGGAAAUUAAUGUACAGAGAACAUUCCUGCCUUCUGUAAGAAGAUGGCUUAGCUGAUUUAAUAGCUUUUUCUCAGUCUGUGAUUCCAACAGCCAGGUGUUUGGAAGGGGAGUGUGCUGGCCGGGCCGGGGGCUGUCUUGGUGCUGGCCCUCGCAGCAGGGAGAUAGCAGAGAUGGUGGCCUGAGGGCACCAGCCCCGCGUGCAGACAUGGCCUUCGCCCAGUCCCACAUCAUGGCAGCCAGGAGGCACCAGCACAGCCGGCUCAUCAUCGAGGUGGAUGAGUACAGCUCCAACCCCACACAGGCUUUCACGUUCUACAACAUUAACCAGGGACGAUUCCAGCCCCCACAUGUGCAAAUGGUUGAUCCGGUGCCCCAUGACGCUCCGAAGCCUCCAGGAUAUACACGAUUUGUCUGUAUUUCUGAUACUCACUCAAGAACUGAUCCCAUCCAAAUGCCAUAUGGAGAUGUGUUAAUACAUGCUGGUGAUUUUACUGAGCUGGGACUUCCUAGUGAAGUAAAAAAAUUCAACGAGUGGCUAGGUAGCCUGCCCUAUGAAUACAAGAUUGUGAUAGCAGGAAAUCAUGAAUUGACCUUUGACCAGGAAUUCAUGGCUGACUUAAUCAAGCAGGACUUUUACUAUUUCCCCUCUGUUUCUAAGCUGAAGCCAGAGAGCUAUGAAAAUGUACAGUCUCUUCUAACAAACUGCAUCUAUCUCCAAGACUCUGAAGUGACGGUGAGGGGAUUCAGAAUAUAUGGCUCCCCUUGGCAACCUUGGUUUUAUGGCUGGGGCUUUAAUCUUCCACGAGGCCAAGCACUAUUAGAGAAAUGGAACCUUAUUCCAGAUGGAAUAGAUAUUCUUAUAACACAUGGACCACCUCUCGGAUUUCUAGACUGGGUUCCUAAGAAAAUGCAACGAGUAGGAUGUGUUGAACUGCUGAACACAGUCCAGAGACGAAUACAGCCAAGACUUCAUGUUUUUGGACAUAUCCAUGAAGGUUAUGGUGUGAUGGCUGAUGGAACCACCACUUACGUGAAUGCAUCUGUGUGCACUGUGAAUUACCAGCCACUUAAUCCGCCUAUAGUUAUUGACUUACCUACUCCAAGGAACACAUGAUUAUAAUGAGGAUUCAAAGUUCUACCCAACACAUAAGCAACUUUAUAUUGCUGGCUGAGAAUCCCAGUAGGGAACCAUUCAACAAAAAAAGCAAAAUUCUUCUUUUUUACCCUGCUAGCUGUUCACAGAUAAAUUUAGAGUAACAAAAGUGGACAAGGAAGAAAGACAUUUUGGUGCCAGAACCAGAUUAAAGACUAACAUUUCACCAUUAAAAUGUUUGUGAACACAGAAAAAUGACUGCAUUCCAUAUACAUACAUACACAUAUAUAUAUAUAUA